UACAUAAUUUUGUGGCGAAUUUUAUUGCGAAGUGUACUUGACUUGAAAACGUGUUGUUUUUGCUGCAUUCUUUUCCGUCUUUCUUCACGUUAUGUGGGAAACGUAAUUUCGAGAGCAAUAUCAAAUGGCUGAGGUUGUAUUCCUGGCAAAUAUGACGUAAAAGGAAGAAUAUAUAGGCCGCGAAACGGCGAACAUUUUAAGCCGAGUUUGUGUUGUGAUCUAAUCGAUCGCCCUAAAACACGGCUAAUUUUGGUCCCCUUCAUGGACCUGUUUAUCGAAACACUCACUGGAACGGCAUUUGAACUACGCGUGAAUCCUUUUGAGACGAUAAUGAACGUUAAAGCCAAGAUCCAACGACUGGAAGGUAUUCCAAUAUCUCAACAGCAUUUGAUUUGGAGAUCUGUUGAACUUGAAGAUGAUUACUGCCUUCAUGAUUAUGAUAUAAAUGAUGGUGCAACUUUACAGCUGGUUCUGGCAAUGCGAGGGGGACCAAUUAAUAUGAAAAGAGUUCCUGUUGAGGAUAAUUCUCUUCGAGAGAUGGCAGAAUAUGUUGAAGCAAACAGGGAUGAGAUUUGGGACAAGUUGCCAAAAGACAACAGACAAGUGACCUUCUUAGUAUUUAGGGAUGGUGAGCAAUAUAAUGUGUUUAGGGUGGUUGACAGAGGUGAUGGUACAAUGACACCAUUGUCUGAUUCUCUAAGUGGUACAUCACUGUACAAUCUUUAUGAUGAUGAAGAUGAGGAGGCUUCUGUGACAGUCCCUCAAGAAACAAUCCAGGAGAAUAAUGUCACCAUGAACAAAAUGAAGCUAUUAAAAAGUAAAAUGCAAUCACUAAAUAUGAGCAAAAAGUCCCGGGGUGGAGGGACAUCUGUGGAACAAGUAUCAUUUCAACCUCACUCCCCUCCCCCUGCAUCCCGGAUAAUGUAUCAGCCCCGCCCUCCAUCUAAGGAGAAACAUCCAAAGUAUCAACCACGACCACCAUCCGGCGAGAAGCCAACUUCAGCAUUAGCAAGCAGGAGACGUUUACACCGUACAAGUUCAAGUCUUCGUGAUCAUCAAGACAUUCAUGAAAAUUCAAGCACAACAUACAUUCACCAAACAGCUAACAACACUAGUAUUCAUCUCCAUGAAUCUUCAUCCUCCUUAGGCAAAACCUUACCACCUGUAAACAAAAACAAAAAGUCUAACAAUAUUGACAUUUCUGAGCUUGUCCGAAAUCCACCGGAGGAUACUCCAUUUCGAAGCAAAACCCUUUCAAAGCACUUUGAACAUGAAAGUGGUAGUAAAAGGGGAUUGAAUAUGAACCAUAAAUUCAACACAGGUCAUACAUCGAACAAGAGUCAUGGACUGAGUUUAAGUAAUGGCUUAAGUACCAGUCAUGGACAUAAACCUUUGCCUAAUGUUGGAAAACAAUCAAACAAUUCAGUAGAGUCUUGUGAUGGUGGUGGCAAGCAUGAUCAUUCUGAUAACGCACUAGAAGCAAGGUUAGCGUCCUAUAUGGGUCCUCAAAGCAAGGGAUAUACCACAAGUGGUGGUAAAAGUAUUGGACCUUUGAAAGAAAGAAAGACUUCUGUUGAAAGGCUUCGAUCUGGUCUGUUGAAUGACUCAUUAUCCAGAGUGCACAGAACCCAACAAAGUAGUGCUGGCACACUUUAUUCCACAACUGAUGUGAAGCGGAGUCGACCACCCCCUCCACCCCAGCUGGUGUCUGGGAAGAAAACCAGAUGUACAUAUUGUAGAAAGAAAACUGGUCUAGCGACAACAUAUGCUUGUCGCUGUGGCAACUCAUUCUGUGCUACUCAUCGCUAUGCUGAGACUCACAAUUGCAACUAUGAUUAUAAAACAGAAGGCAGGAAACUUCUGGAACAGAGUAACCCACUGGUUGUUGCACCCAAACUACCAAAAAUUUGACCACAAAGUAGGCCAAUUAUUAGAAUAUAACUUCUGUAUUGAAAUGGUAUGAAUAUAUAGUAUAUUACACAAGUUUUCAUUCAUUGAGAUGUGUGUGUACCAGAACAUAUUUUUGUAUAGUGUUUUGUAAGUUAUGGGAAAAUUUGGAAACAUUGUGCCUAGUGACCUUAUGUUUCUUACAGAAAUGUAGGCCAUUUAAGGGAUACCAAAAUUCAUUUUAACAAUGUUUCCAAAUUUUGCCAUUGCUUUGGUAGUUUUCCAGUUGCAUUUCUGAGGACAUCCUUUAUACAUGUGGAAAUACCAAACCAAUAACUGGUGUGCAUUUGCAAAUGUAAGAUGUGGUUUGUAUAUAUGAGAUAAAUAGCAUGGAGUAUAUCAUAGUUAGGGAUAUUUAAAUUUUGUUCAAAACACAAAAAAAAACACUGGUUUGCUGUACAAACAUCAAUCACGAAAGAUUAGAAAAACUUGGAAGGAUCAAAAUUAGAUGGUGUGUUAUUACAUUAAAGUGUAAAAGCAAAUAAAAGUUGAUGACUUAACUUUUAUCAAAGAUUAAAAAUUGAAGACUUAACUUAUGUAAACCUAAAGUCGAUUUUUAUUGGCCAAUUAUUCAUAAGCUGAAAAUGCUUCCAAAACUGCACAAUAGUGUUUGUUUUGCAUAAAAAAAAUAAAUAAGCUCAGUAGUUAGUACUUUAUACCCACACACAAGUGA